AUGAACGUCUCGGUUCAAACCUUUUCGCCGCCUGUUAUGCGAAGCUCAUUGCCGAUUUCAGAAGACCUCGUUUUCGAGAUAUUCUCGAGGUUGCCGUCAAAGGCCAUAGCGAGAUGUCGUUGCAUAUCCAAGCUCUUGGCGUCCAUGCUUGUCCGGCAAGAUUUCACAGAGUCGUUUUUAACCAAAUCUUGUGCUCGACCUCAGCUUCUAUUCGCCUUCCAAUAUGACAGUGAGGUUGUCUUUUUCUCGUCCCCUCAGCCUGAAAAUCCAGAAGAGAACUCGUAUGUUGUAGCCCCCAGUCAACUUGCAUGUUUCCCAAGUUCCCAUAGAUUAUUCUAUACUAAUACUCCUACCGGUGGCUUCUUCUGUUAUGUCGUUGAACGGAUCUUUGAGGGGAUGAAAGAUUCAGAGUAUGUUCCGGUGAUAUGUAACCCCAGCACUGGACAGUCCUUGAACUUGCCUACAUUGAAGUCGAGUAAGAGGUUUGGAGUAGAAAGCUAUCUUGGAUAUGACCCCGUUUCUAAAGAGUUCAAGGUUUUGUCAAUGGAAACCUCGUUUGUAAGUGGUCAGUAUAUCUCUGUGAAACACCAAGUUCUGACAUUAGGAACUGAGAAAUUGUCAUGGAGGAUGGUCGAAUGUUGCAUCCCACAUAAUUCUUCUCGUAAGUGGAUAUGUAUCAGUGGUGUUCUUUACUACACAGCUAGAGCAGGCAACUGGUCUUCCAUGGUAGUUUGUUUUGAUUUGAAUUCUGAGAAGUUCACCUUUGUGAAUUUCAUGAAAGCUUCCGGCAAAGAAAUGCAUGGUUCAACAACUCUGAUCAACAACAAUGGGAAACUAGGUUUGCUUAUGUCUGAAGAUACUAGUAGUGAUUAUAUUUGUGGAGCAAGUAAAAGUCUUGAGCUGUGGGUUCUACGAGAUGCUGGAAAAAAUGAGUGGUCCGAGCAUGUAUACGUAUUACCGCCUUCGUGGGAGGAUGUAGUUUCAGAGUACAUGCGCAUUUCUGGAAUGGUUGGUACAAAUGAAAUCGUAUUGGCCCCUUUGUUCCAAAACGUGCCUCCCUAUGUCAUCUACUACAAUGUGGAGAGAAAGACGAUCAGAAAAGUUGGGAUCCAGGUAAUGGAAGGGCUUCAGGUAAAGAGAUUUUACACCUUUGUCAACUAUGUUGAGGAUGUGAAGUUUCUUUAAGUAAGAUAUGUGUAUGUAGUUUUCUGAUCGUCUUUGUAAGAAAUC